GGAGAAGGAGCUGCAGCAGCACCAGAGCCUGAACAGCACCCAGCGAGAUCAUGUCUGCCCCAGCUGCCGGCCCCCCUGCUGCCGCCCCAGGCGAUGGAGCUCCCCAAGGCCCCCCAAACCUUACCAGCAACAGGAGGCUUCAGCAGACACAGGCACAGGUGGAUGAGGUAGUGGAUAUUAUGCGUGUGAAUGUAGACAAGGUCUUGGAGAGAGAUUCUAAGCUGUCUGAGUUGGAUGACCGUGCAGAUGCCCUGCAGGCUGGAGCCUCUCAGUUUGAGACUAGUGCGGCCAAACUUAAGCGCAAGUACUGGUGGAAGAAUCUCAAGAUGAUGAUAAUUAUGGGAGUGAUAUGUGCUAUCAUCCUCAUCAUAAUAAUUGUUUACUUCAGCACCUAAGGACAGCGUACUCUUCCCGUCUCUCUGUCUCUUAUCUCUUACCCUCUCUCGCCGGAUCUCUCAUCUACACCCCCAGCUGGGACCAGACAAACUUCAACAUAUCUUCCUUCCUGCCUCUCCCCUCUCCCUAUUAAAGGGACGUGGGGGAGCUUGUAUUGUGCAGAUGCUCUCCCCUCUCCCCCCCCCCUGCUUCCCUCUGUAAAUACCACUGACUGGAUACCCCUAACUUAUAUACAAACACACACGUAUCUAUAUAUUUAAUUUGUCUGUGCGCAGGUUUUUAUGUUCCUUGUUUACCCGUAAAGCUGUGUGUCUGUGAUGUUCUAACCCUGCCCGGGGGGGGGGGGGGAGGGGUAAUUGCCCCAGAACUGGUCUUCGCCCACCAACGCAUCCAUAAUCUCUGUGCAAGUGGAGGGGGUAAAGGAGGAGGGUUGUAUGUGUGUAAUAUAUAUAUAGAAAUAUAAAUUUGCUCUCCGCCCCUUUCCCCCUUUCUCUAAAACUUUCUGCUCCCAUUUUUACUCCAGAUGUAGAUAUAUAUAUGGCGUGUCACAAAAAGGGAGUGGCUUAAAAUGCAAAGUAACUAUAUCCCCCAUGUCCAAUGGGCUCAGCUUUUAUGGGUUGUAGGCUUGUAGAUGGCCCCCUUCCCUGCCACUUAUCUGGAGGGACAUAGUGUAAGGGCUGGGGUAUUCCCAAUCUGCUGCCUUGUAUCCUUUUUGCUGCCCAUGUAUUAGGCCCCCCACGUAUACAGCCGGCACGGUGAGACAGCCUUGCAGGGGGACGGAUCACCGGAGAGGGCAAGUGUAGCAGAGGAGGUGGAUAGGAUCUUACCAUAGUGAGUAUGGGGGGGCAGUUGCCUGUAUAGGGUUAUUAGAAAGACUAGUAGAACUGUCAGUGAGGGUUCGCUGCCGACUUCAUUUUUCACCACCUCUGUCCACUUGGGAGCGAGGUGGUACCACUCGCUGUUAUUAACACCCUAGCAUGGGUAACUGUAGGGGGUACCCUGUUAACCCACUCCUUACUACACUGGGCAUUAGAGAUGUAGGGGUCAUCCCUACCCCCUUGUUCGUGCCCUGCCAAGUCUUCCCUACUCAUUAAUUGCCCCUCUUACCUGCGCCUGCAUGGGAUCAGCCGUUAUGUAGCUGGCACCAAGAGGGGCAAUGAGACACACAGCUGAGAGAUAUCUACCCCUGUCUGCUUGUCCUCAUUUCCCCCCGGUGUGUCUUAUUGCCCUGGCUGCCUGAAAUCCCCUUAUUAGGAGGGAGGGGGAGUGUGUGGCCAAGGGCAGUAGUGUAAAUCCUCCCCUCUCUCUCCUUGUUACCCCUCUGAAUUAUCCCUCCUCCUGCCCCACAACAUAAAUAUUACAAAUAAAUGUUGUUUAACCAAAA